GCGGAAUUUCUGGGUGCAGAUAGGACCACUCCUCUCUCUGCAUAUAUUUUUUUUCUCUCUCUCUCUCUCGACAGUCGGGGCUCGCUGGUGGUGAGGAGGGGGAGGGUGGUCUUGCAGUCGACGAGAGAAACAGGAGUUUAUUGAGGAGUAGCUGCAACGAGAGAGAAAAACGCAGGCAACUGAGCGCCGCUGCCUUGCGGAUGGAGAGGAGAGAGAGAGAGAGAGAGAGAGAGAGAGAGAGAGACAGAGAGAGAGAGGGGAGGAAAGAUCGCGCUCGGACGAAUGACCACUCUGUGCCGACUAACUGCCUCCUGAAUUGUUUAACUUGUUGAUGCGACGUCGGCUAUUUCUGUCGUUUUCGCUUUAUUGUGUGGCUGCAGUGACAGAUAGAUGGGAGGCGGAAUCGCAAGUAUUCUCUCUAGAAGAUUUGAUUCAACUCACAGUGGAUGCAGUUUAAAGAACAACCUUCACUAAGAUGCUAUUCAUCUCUGAGCCAUAGCACUGUGAAAACCGGACCAGGGUUAUAUUAAACACUACAGGUCAGCAUGGCAGCAGGUGUAGCGGCAUGGCUCCCGUUCGCCCGAGCGGCGGCCAUAGGGUGGAUGCCCGUGGCGAGCACUCCCAUGCCCAUCCCUCCCCAAGACAAGAAAAAAGUCCAGGAGGGACUCAUCAUCCUCAACGUGAGUGGGACUAAGUUUCAGACGUGGAGGACCACUUUGGAGAGAUACCCGGACACUUUGCUUGGGAGCACGGAGAGAGACUUCUUCUUCCACGAGGAGACAAACGAGUACUUUUUUGAUCGUGACCCUGACAUCUUUCGACAUGUCCUCAAUUUUUACCGCACGGGGAAACUGCACUACCCGCGCCAAGAAUGCAUAUCUGCUUACGACGAGGAGCUGGCGUUCUUCGGUAUAAUCCCUGAGAUCAUUGGGGACUGCUGUUACGAGGAGUACAAGGACCGGAGGCGCGAAAAUGCAGAGAGGCUUCAAGAUGACGAGGAGAUGGACAUGAGCAAUGACGUCACGCCGGUAAACCUGACGUACCGUGAGUUCCUGUGGCGGGCUUUUGAAAACCCUCACACCAGCACCUUAGCUCUGGUCUUCUACUACGUCACAGGCUUCUUCAUUGCCAUAUCAGUGAUGGCAAACGUGGUGGAGACGGUGCCCUGUGGGACUAUGCCCAACAGGUCGAAGGAGAUGUCUUGUGGAGACCGUUACGCGCUGGCUUUCUUUUGUUUGGACACGGCGUGCGUCAUGAUAUUCACUGUCGAGUAUCUCAUGCGUUUAGUCGCAGCUCCAAGUCGCUACAAGUUCAUGAAAAGUGUGAUGAGCGUCAUUGACGUGGUCGCCAUCAUGCCUUACUACAUUGGCUUGGUCAUGACAGACAACGACCAGGUGAGCGGUGCUUUCGUCACGCUUAGAGUCUUCCGAGUCUUUCGGAUUUUCAAGUUCUCCCGGCACUCCGCGGGGCUGCGCAUCCUGGGUUACACCUUGAAGAGCUGCGCCUCCGAGCUGGGCUUCCUCCUCUUCUCCCUCACCAUGGCCAUCAUUAUCUUUGCGACGGUCAUGUUUUAUGCAGAAAAAGGCUCCACAGCCAGCAAGUUCACCAGUAUCCCUGCCGCGUUUUGGUACACCAUUGUCACCAUGACAACACUGGGGUACGGGGACAUGGUGCCAAAAACAAUCGUGGGGAAGGUGUUUGGGUCCAUAUGUUCUCUGAGUGGGGUGCUGGUCAUUGCCUUGCCUGUCCCUGUCAUAGUGUCAAACUUCAGCCGCAUAUACCACCAAAGCCAGCGGGCAGAGAAACGACGAGCCCAGAGGAAAUCUCGAGUUGCUAAAAUCCGUGCUGCGAAGAUUCGAGGCACUAAUUCCUAUAUGCGCUACAAACAAAACGGGCUCCUGAUCGACUCGCUGGAGGAGGCCUCCAAGAAGGCAGGACAAGCCCUGGUGGGGAAGGCCCCCAGUCCUCCUUUUGAGAGCCAACAUAAUCACCUGCUGCACUGCCUGGAGAAGACCACGAAUCACGAGUUUGUGGACGAGCAGACGUUCCAGUCCAACUGCAUGGAGAUCUCCGUGAUGAACAAGUCGGGCUCGCAUGCGUCCUCGCUGUCCUCGUCUCCGCACGGCCUCAGCUCGUGCUGCUCUCGGCGCCACAGGAAGAAGAGCAGUUUCAGCCUGCCCAGCACAAACAACCAGGAGCUGAGCACCAUACAGAUCAGAGAGAGGCCGGUAGCCAACAGUCGCUCCAGUCUGAAUGCCAAACUCAACGAGACGGUACCCUUGAAAUAUGAUGAAUCUUACAUCACUCCAUCCAUGGUCAGCCUUUCUGCCCCCGUGGUCACCUCAUCAGACGGGCACGGCUCCAACACCACCACCACCACCACCGCAUACUCUCAGAGCAACAUUGUCCGAGUAUCUGCCUUGUAGUUGUCACGCCUACCCGAUCAGCUAACUGGUCUGAAGAAAGCACCAGAUGCUGAGGAGAGGGACCACCGAGCAUCAACCUGCCAUAAUCUAGAGGGAUUAUAAGAUUAGCAGAAGUCGGGGGGUUUUUGAAGAAGUGAUCUCAUCUGAUGUCAAACUCUGCAUGGUAUUAGAGCGAUGUGGACGGCUGCCUUGGAAAUGAAGAGCGAACCAGCAGAUCCUGCUCCUUUAAAGCACAGCAGAGCGAGGAAGCGUUUGGGAUUGCGAUGGUUAUCGUUGUUGCCUAAAAAUAACUGAGAAAAAAAACCCUUUAUUUUUGAAUAUGUAAUGUAGUCGUAUUUGUUGUCUUCUGAUUCCAUGGAGCAAAGGCAGAUGUUGCAAAAGUCAUUCCUGAUGGCCUCUGAUGACAAAGCACACAUUUCCGUAACAGAGGGCCAUCCCUGUGAAUAUGAAAAUCAGUCAAAGUACAUUUGAAACCUUCACUCCACAAUCACAAUAGAUUAUUUUGAAACCCCUCGAUCGACUGGUUUCAGAUAGUCCCCUCACUGUUGUAAAUUCAAAGAACAAACACCCGCUGGAAUGGAAAACUGUUGUGAAUAUUCAUUAACUUGACUCAUUAACUGGUUGAUGUCAUUGCUCGAUGAGUAAAAUAUACUCCGCAUCCCGACAUGUUUGUGAAACGUGCAAGUGAAAAUGACUAAACUGACAAAAUCUGUGUUAGCUUACAUACUUGACAUUCUGAUAUGGAUCUAUGUGACAGCUACUGUCUUUAAUUAACAAUUGAUAUUGAGAACUAUACAGGGUACAUAUUAGUUAGGUCACAAGGUAGAAAUAUGAGUGAAUGUCAACUAAUAUUAACCCUUUUGUGGACUCAUAAGUGUGGACCUUGAACUCUACACGAAAGAGUGUAAACCAUUAAAUCCAUUGCGUUCCUCUUGAAUUCUAAUACCCCUAAGCGAGACUUGGUAGAUUUCACUGUGUUAAAAGGCCAUUUUGUACAUUUUUCAUACUGUAAAUAUCUCAGUUACAACUUUAUCAGCAGCAUUGGAAGUUGGCUCCUCUUCUUUCUAGAUUUAGUUGAAAGUUGUUGGCAUACUAUUUCUGUCUGUUACCUGAUUGAAUUAAGGAUUUGCAUGCUGUCAUUGCAGACUUCUGUUUUAUUAAAAAGUAUGUCUCUUCUU